AAAAUAAGGAAGUAAGAAUCCAAAAAAAAAUGUUGAGAAUCAAAUAUACAACUACGAGAUCGAUAACUUCAGAAACUGUUACAAUUUACUUAAAAAUAAGUGUAAACUUAACAAAUAAAGCAAUUUAGUUAAUUAUUUAAAAAAAAAAACUACUUUAUUUCUAAACUUGAAUACUGAUAAAACCAAACGUCCUUGAAAAAAACUGAUAACAACUGUCAACAAACAGCUGAAUUUAAAUGACAUAAUUACCUAACAUAUAACCUCUAAGUGGAAUAUUUAUCCCCAAUUUUAAACAAUAUUUAAAAAAUAAACAGAUGUGCAAUGAUUUCGAAGCGACUGUUACAUGUAGCUCAACUAAGUGCUAUAGGUUUAGCGGGAUAUUAUAUAGGACAAAUCGAUAAAGCCGACAGUAAUGAUUCUGUGAUAGUAAACGGAAAACCCAUCAGUAGGAAACCAGGAUUACCGAUAUUCGGAACUGUUUCAGCAGCAACGCCAUUCACUGAUAGUGGCACUCCUAAAGAUAGGGUGUCACAGAUAAUGAAAUAUGGUUUUCCCAGUUUGGACCAUGUUCGCUCAUACGACGACUUUGUACUGUCAUACGAUCGUCGCAACAGGGUGCCACACUGGGUGUUUGAACAUCUCACCAGAGAACAUGUGAAGAAGAAUGAUGCAGUUGAUAGAAGCAAAUGUGAUUUUACUCCAGAUGAAAGUAUUCAUACAUUUUUUAGAUCUCAAAACAGUGACUACAAACACUCCGGCUUUGACCGAGGGCACAUGGCAGCGGCGGGCAACCACCGCCUCGCGCAAAAGCAUGUUGAGCAGACAUUCUUUCUGACAAAUAUGGCUCCACAAGUGGGUGAAGGAUUCAACAGACACGCAUGGAACACCUUAGAGAAGCACGUGAGGAAGCUGACGAAGGUUUACGACAACGUAUACUGUUGCACAGGGCCCUUGUAUCUUCCUAGGAGAGAACCUGAUGGUAAGUUCUAUGUGAAGUACCAAGUGAUUGGCGCCAACACGGUGGCAGUGCCCACGCAUUUCUACAAGGUGGUGGUGGCGGAGGGUGCCGACGGAAAACUUGACAUGGAGGCCUAUGUCAUGCCCAAUCAGAAGCUGCCUGAUGAUACACCUGUCUCUACUUAUAUGGUACCUCCGGAAACUAUAGAAAAGGCUGCAGGUUUAUUAUUUUUUGAUAAACUCCAAAGAAGUAAAUUGAAUAGGAUAAAUGGAAAAAAGAUUUGAAUUUGAAGAAAUAAAUUUAGAGAAAUUAUUUUAGACUUUAGAUUGGACCACAAUCCGUGACAUUAAUGUUGCCAGUUCUAUCUAAUAUUUUGACAGCAAUACAAUUGCUGUCAAAAUAUUUGUCACGAAAUAUGUGCCAAGUAUGGAACAUGCUGAACUAGUUCUUCUUCUGAAUAAAGUGCUUUGGGGUGAUUAAGAUAAUGGAUUUCAAAAAUUGUGAAUAUUUAUUACCAAGGAAUUCUUGUACAACAAGCCAUAACAUUUUGGCCUUUUUAACUUCUGUGCGCCUAGUGGGAGUUUUCAAUAUUUUCAUACUGUUACUAUCGCGUUGCCGUAAACGCGAAUUUAUAUGGAAUUGAAACAGUUGUGCAGUAGUGCCACUAGAUGGCGCUGUUUCAAUUCCUUAGAAAUUCGCGUUUACGUUAACGCGAUAGUAACAGUAUCAAACUGCCACUAGGCCCUCAGAUGGUAUCCAUUUUCGUUUUUAUUCCGAUUAAAGUACCAAACUUUAUUUCGAUAAUUUUAGAGAAGAGCCUAUAAUAUAUUGGAGACGUGAAUCAAAUACUGCAAUGUUAAUUUAGUUGAUGUUUCUAUUUGUACAUUUAACAUAGAUUGUUAUUAUACAGGAUGCUGGGGAGUAUUUCCCAUAACUUCAAGGUGUUGAUUAUUGACGAGUCCAUAUAGAGGAGCCGAACUGCAUAACUAAUACUUUUCUAACUAAAAAUUAAUAACUUUUUAUGUUUUCAUACAAAGUAAUUCAAAUAAUUCCGACUACCCAUGUAACACACGCUUUUAUCUAUCCUUGCAUUUUAAAAUUUGGCUAUCUAUGGGACAAAUUUUAAAAUCUAUUUACAAAAGAAAUAUUAUUUAUUCCAAAAAUAUUAAUUUUAGAACACAUGUUCUUUGAACAUUUUUAAUUAGUUUUCGGUAAAAACAUUUUUAAUUAGUUUUCGGUAAAGAAUAUAACCCCAGAGUUAUGGCAAAUACUCCCGAGCACCCUGUAUAUGUAGUUAUAAAUAUGUACAGAUGAUAAGACAAUAAUGUGAUUUUUAAUUUAAUUUAAUCCUUCUGACAUUGUAGAUUUUAUUCUAAAUGAUAAUAUAAUUCAGACAUUAAAAUUAAUAAAGAAGAGAUUUCUAAUUACUCAAUGUGUUCAUAUUUUCUUGACUUUAUAUCAAAAAUAAACGAAAAUAUUGUUUUACUUACUAAUGCUUUGAUAAUAUAUUAAAGGCUUAGCACAACACAUUAUCACAUAUAAAUGUAUUAGUUUUAAGUUAUUAUGUAGUGUGUUUAAAAAAAAAUGUAUUAUUGUGUUGUGAUAACAAACAAAUUAUUUCUAUUCUAUUCUAUAUGGUCAGU